AUGGGCGGCACAGCUGUGCAUUUUAUUUGGUUCCCCGCCGGCAGCGGUUUGGGUUCAGAACGACGUAAUCUGCGGCGCCAGCUGGCGCACACUGCGGCUGCAAAUAGCCGUGGCUCGCGCUGGGCUCUGGGUCCCCGGGCAGGGGGCGGCGCUGGCCGCACGGCGCCUCUGGACGCGCUCUCUGGCAGGCGAGCUGCGCCGCGUCGCUUCCUGGAUGUCAGCGCGGGCAGCGACAGGGACAGGCGGACAGCUGAGGCGGCGUAUCGACCGACAGCCGCACUCACGUCCAGGCCGGAGGCUCCGGGGCAGCCCCGCGUCUUGCCGCCCGCCACUUGUCAGCAGCAGUGUGUCCACUCCUGCAGGGCUGCCAACCCGCCGCCCCCUGCCAGUCACGGCGCCUCGGCCGCGUCCCCGCCACUUGUCAGCGGCAGCGCCGACGCUCCGCGCCCCUCCACCUCCUACCCUCCCCGCUCCUCCCCAACCAGCCCCUUCCACGGCUGCCAACCUGUCAGUCGUGGCGGUGCUCGUCUUGGCCGCGCCGGGCUGUCAGCUGCAGGAGCUCGGUCUCCCAGCUGUCCGGCGGCUUUCGCAUGCCCCCACCCUUCCUUCUCUUCCCUCACCCUCCCGGCCUUCACCACGACCCUUCCUGACACUCCUAACCCCGCCGUCACGUGCAAAGUUGGAAGCUUCGCAGCACCUCUCCACUUGCUAUUCCUGCUCCUGUGCAAUGCCUCACAAAAUUUCAGUAUCUGGUCUCAAGUCUCCUAG